AUGGGUUGUGCUGCAUCUAAAUAGUUUACAAAGAAAGCAUCUUUUGAUGAUUAUACACAUAAACUUGAUUCAGAUGAUCAAACAAAUUUAGGAAUGAUCGCUUUCAAAAGCCUUGAGAAGAAACAUAUGUAAGUUAACUUAGAGAUGAUAUCAAGUAUUAUUUAUUUAUAUUCAAAUAGAGACAUGUUCCCCUGAAAAUAAAUGCAGAUUAGGUGAAAUGGUAGAAGAAAUUUGA